CGAGUCUAAUUUAAAGAGAAGAACAGAAAUGGCGAAUGAAUGUGGUGGAAUCGGACCGGGUUCGAUCUUGGCGAUUGUGGUCGUAGCGAUGAUGUUACUGUUCGUUCCUUUGAUGAUUGGACCGGUGGCUCCACCAACUCCUCCACUUAUCUUGGUGUUUCCGAUCGUCUUGCUCUUUGUGUUUCUCUAUCUUCAUUUUACUUCCAAGUGAAAUCUCUUUUUUUCUUCAAUGAUUAUUAUGUAGUAUCCGUAUAUAUGUAUUUUCCAGAUUACAAUUUACAACGAUCUGUGUUUCUGACUCUACAUGUAUAAAUCCAAGAGUGUUUUUCCCA